UUUUUAGCCUUUUUGUUCAGGUCUUUUGCAGUAAGGGUCUUUGAAUAAGAUGAAGUUGGCAAUCAUCACCCUGUUGUUACUCUUGCCUCCAGCCUAUAACAGUAAGAAGUUUUUUUUUCCUGAGACAUCUGACACAUCCUUUGUGCGCCUUACUCCAAAGAAACCUCUGAAUUUACAAGCCUUUACACUCUGCAUGCGCAUCUCUACUGAGCUCGACAACCAGCGAGAGACCAUCCUGUUUGCUUAUCGCGCUCAAUACUUUGAUGAACUCAAUGUGUGGCAAGAAAAUGGAAAAUUUACUCUUUACCUGAGAAGCAGCAGUGAUGGUGCUCUGUUCUCUUUACCAUCACUGAGUUCUGUCCCUACUCAUCUGUGUGUCACCUGGAACUCAAGCACUGGAGCCACUGCGUUCUGGAUGAAUGGAAACAGCAGUGUGCAGACAAUCUACAGACAAGGCCAGAGUGUAAAUCCAGCUGGAGCUAUAAUUCUUGGACAGGAUCCUGACUCGUACCUGGGAGAUUUUAACAUUUAUCAGAGUUUUUUGGGUAACAUUACAGACGUACACAUGUGGGAUAGUGUUCUGAGUGCAGGUCAGAUUGAGCAGCUGUAUAAGAAGCAGAACAAUUCUUUAAGUGGGAAUGUGCUCGAUUGGAAUUCUCUUGUGUACAAAAUCUAUGGAAAUGUGAUUAAUGUGUCAGCAGAUGUCUAGCUAAAACACCUGACACCUGUUUUCUUUUCUUUCCUUUAAUUUCCAUGUCUAAUCAACUGUGUGAUUUUAGUUAAUUAACUAUUAACUAACAAUAUUUCAGUAAAAGUAUUCAUGUUUG